CGUAAAUGUGAAAUUCAUCGAGUGUUAUUGGCGCACUUCUCACCAGUCACGGGCCAUACGAAUCGCUGAAUCUUGACCCUUAUCAGCAGUUAUUUCCACGCACUGAGCGCAUUCCUGCUCAAUUGUUUACCAAAUCAUCGGCAUGCAUACGUACACAGCUCCUGACACACCGCUAGUGCUGCCCUUUUACGAGGAACUACAAAGUAAUUCCACGAUAGAUAUUCGAGCUGAAGUAUGCAGUCCUGAGAAAAAAUUUUUCAUCGAAAUCAUUAGCGGACCUCAUUCGCUGUUGAAUGUCGAAUUCUGUUUCGGCCUCACCAAGGCUAUAAUUCUUCGAUCAUGCAGCAGCAGUAUGGAAGGCAAUGAUACUGUACAAGUUGGUAAUCCUCUCUACGGUGGACAGAAAUUUCGUUUGACUGUGCACGUCCGUGACUCUUAUUAUGAGGUAUUGCUAAAUGGCAAGUUUAUAGCCGAAUUCCCGCAUCGCUAUCCGACGCGACUGGCGCAAUGUUUAGCAAUCUCGAAAUAUGUUAAUAUCAAGAUUAUAGAUUUUGUGGGAUUAUCUAACGCAUGUGAAUCGCCGAUAACGGUAAGAUCGGUGGAUGAGCCAACUGUUGAGAAGAUUAUGCGCCAUUGGGCGGUAUCUAGCGCAUGACGACCGAAUUUCGCACCACGAUUGGAACAACCGUUGGAGGAAAUCGUCUGCUCAUUCCAACUUCGUUCUUUUCUAAUAUGCUUUGUUAUUCAUGUUUUUCAUGCCAAUGAUGAAAAUACACUUGAAGCCGUC